AUGGCGCUACGCUACCUUCUGCUACCUGGUCGGGGCGGCUGCUGGGCUCGUGGCCUCCCGCUUCUCCUGUUGCCGGGUGGCGGCGUGGGCCCGAGCGAAAGGUCCUGCCUCCGGACGUUCUGUCGAUUUGCUACAACCAGAGCAGCAGCCAGCAGAAAUUCUCUCCUGAGAGAUGUAUUGGUUGUUUAUCAGAGAUUCUGUUCUCAGCCUCCAAAAGGAUUUGAAAAAUACUUUCCCAAUGGAAAAAAUGGAAAAAAAGCUAGUGAACCUAAAGAAUGUAUGGGAGAAAAAAAAGAGUCAAAGCCAGCUGGUACACCAAAUUCUUCUGGAGGAGGUGGUGGAAAACGAGGUAGAAAGAAAGAUGAUUCUCACUGGUGGUCCAGGUUCCAAAAGGGUGACUUUCCAUGGGAUGACAAGGAAUUCAGGAUGUAUUUUCUGUGGACUGCUCUAUUCUGGAGUGGUAUCAUGUUCUAUUUCCUAGUCAAAAACUCUGGGAGAGAAAUUACUUGGAAGGACUUUGUCAAUAACUAUCUUUCCAAAGGAGUAGUAGACAGACUGGAAGUUGUCAAUAAGCGUUUCGUUCGAGUGACAUUUAUACCUGGAAAAAUUCCUGUGGAUGGGCAGUACAUCUGGUUUAAUAUUGGUAGUGUGGACACCUUUGAGCGGAAUCUGGAAACUUUACAGCAAGAACUGGGAAUAGAAGGAGAGAAUCGAGUCCCUGUUGUCUACAUUGCUGAAAGUGACGGGUCAUUUCUUCUGAGCAUGUUGCCUACGGUCCUUAUCAUUGCAUUUUUACUGUACACCAUAAGAAGAGGUCCAGCUGGCAUUGGCCGAACAGGCCGGGGGAUGGGUGGACUCUUCAGUGUUGGAGAAACCACUGCCAAGGUCUUAAAGGAUGAGAUAGAUGUGAAAUUCAAAGAUGUGGCAGGCUGUGAGGAGGCCAAAUUAGAGAUAAUGGAAUUUGUGAAUUUCUUGAAAAAUCCAAAGCAGUAUCAAGAUCUAGGAGCAAAAAUCCCAAAGGGUGCCAUCCUCACAGGUCCUCCGGGCACUGGGAAGACACUGCUGGCCAAAGCCACAGCUGGAGAAGCCAAUGUGCCUUUCAUCACAGUCAGUGGCUCUGAGUUUUUGGAGAUGUUUGUUGGUGUGGGUCCAGCUAGAGUCCGAGACUUAUUUGCCCUUGCUCGGAAGAAUGCGCCCUGUAUUCUUUUUAUUGAUGAAAUAGACGCUGUGGGAAGGAAGAGAGGAAGAGGCAACUUUGGAGGGCAGAGUGAACAGGAGAAUACACUCAACCAACUCCUUGUGGAAAUGGAUGGAUUUAACACAACAACAAAUGUCGUAAUUUUGGCUGGCACUAAUAGGCCAGACAUCCUGGACCCUGCCCUGAUGAGGCCGGGACGCUUUGACAGGCAGAUCUUUAUUGGACCACCAGACAUAAAAGGAAGAGCCUCUAUUUUCAAAGUUCAUCUCAGACCACUAAAACUGGAUAGUGCACUAGAAAAAGAUAAACUGGCAAGAAAGCUUGCAUCCUUAACUCCAGGGUUUUCAGGAGCUGACGUUGCUAAUGUCUGUAAUGAAGCUGCCUUAAUUGCUGCCAGACAUCUCUCGGACUCCAUAAACCUGAAACACUUUGAACAAGCAGUUGAACGAGUGAUUGGUGGCUUAGAGAAAAAAACCCAGGUUCUGCAGCCUGAGGAGAAGACAACUGUGGCAUAUCAUGAAGCAGGGCAUGCAGUUGCAGGCUGGUACCUGGAGCACGCUGACCCACUUUUGAAGGUGUCCAUUAUCCCUCGUGGCAAAGGAUUAGGCUAUGCUCAGUAUUUACCAAAAGAACAAUACCUGUAUACCAAAGAACAGCUCUUGGAUAGAAUGUGUAUGACUUUAGGUGGUCGAGUUUCAGAAGAAAUCUUUUUUGGAAGAAUUACAACUGGUGCUCAGGAUGACUUAAGAAAAGUAACUCAGAGUGCAUAUGCCCAAAUUGUUCAGUUUGGCAUGAAUGAGAAGGUGGGACAGAUUUCCUUUGAUCUUCCACGUCAGGGGGAUAUGGUAUUAGAGAAGCCUUACAGUGAAGCCACUGCAAGACUGAUAGACGAUGAAGUUCGAAUACUUAUUAAUGAUGCUUAUAAAAGGACAGUAGCUCUCCUCACAGAAAAGAAAGCAGAUGUAGAGAAGGUUGCUCGUCUAUUGUUAGAAAAAGAAGUAUUAGAUAAGAAUGAUAUGAUUGAACUUCUGGGUCCCAGACCUUUUGUGGAAAAAUCCACCUACGAGGAGUUUGUGGAAGGAACAGGCAGCUUAGAUGAGGACACCUCACUUCCAGAAGGCCUGAAGGACUGGAACAAAGAGAGAGAGAAGAAUAAAGAGGAGUCCACGGAUGAGAAAGUGGUCAAUCAGAACUCAGGGGAGGUGCCCUUCUGAUUGGACUUGUUGCUGUUUCAGAUUGCACGAUAUUUCCACUUUUGCUUUCUCGGAAGGAGAGCACUGCUAAGUUGAUUUAAAGCAACU